AUGGAAAACCUCACCUUGAACGACCCGCCGCCGCCGCCCCAGGGCGGGCCUGGCGGCCCCGACGCUGGGCCAAUGCCGCCAAUGGUGCCCCAGCUCCCGCCGCAGAUGUUCACCACCGCCGCCCAGCUCCUCGACCUGACCGACAAGAAGCUCAUGGUCGCCCUGCGUGACGGACGGAAACUCAUCGGCGUGCUGCGGAGUUGGGACCAAUUCGCGAACCUCGUCCUCCAAGACACCAUCGAACGCAUCUUCGUCCAGAACCUGUACGCCGACAUCAACCGCGGCGUUUUCCUCGUGCGCGGCGAGAACGUGCUGCUUUUAGGUGAAAUUGACCUCGACAAAGACGACUACAUUCCCGAACCCUUCCAACAAGCACCAGCGGAACAGGUCUUCGCCUUGCAGAAGCAGGAAAUCGAGGAGCGGAAGAAGAAGGAUAAGCUCAGGCGGAAGCACCUGCGGGGUCACGGCUUCGAGGGUGAGCACACUGGCGAGGCGGUGCUAUGA